GUCCUGUUCAAAAUCAAAUGAUGCAUUCAUCAGAUGCCCAGGGAUAUAGCCCAUCAGUUCCAGGACCAUACUCACAUCAGACGCCGUCAAAAGUUCCUCCACAUCCAUCUUCUGGACAGUAUAACUACAGUGGCUCUCAGAAUGUUUCUCAGUUCAACAGUUAUCAAGGACCUGGGCAGACUCUCAAUAGACCACCAGCAGCACCUCUGUCUGGGUCACCGGUGCAACAAACAGGUCCUGUACCACAAGUGCUGCCACCAGCAUUGCAAAACUCAGCUGCUGUAUCGUCUCCUGGUGGCUUUCCUCCUGCAGCUAGCCCGCCAAUGCAUCCCAACUGGCAGUACAGCCAGGCUCCUGUGAGCCACCCAGCUGCAGCUCAACCAAGCCAUUCAGCUCCUGUGGCAGGGACAGGGCCUGCUCAGCCACCGCCGCUGCUAUCAGGAAAUCCUCCAGGAAGUUAUCAGUAUGCUGCUUCUCCAGGAGGUCCUUCGCUUCAGAACAGCUAUAUGAAGCCAGGAUCUGUACCUCCACCAGUGACUCAGCCUUUAACACCUCUCCACCCUCCCUCGAGGCCACCUUUGGGACCUCCUCCCGUUGGUGGUCCACCUCUAAUUAGGCCAUCCACAGUGACAGCAGGAGCACCUAAUACACAAUCUCUGCUACAUUCAGCUACAAAUCAAGAAGGUGAUGCUACAUCUUCUGCUGGCGAUGGGUCUGCGGUCCAAAACAGCUAUGAUGCAAUAGAAGGAGGUGGCCUCAUGGCAACUCCACAUCCUUCUGCUCCUGCAAAUCUUAAGAUGAAUAGAAAUGUUGGCUAUUCUUAUCCUGCAUUGCCGCCAGGCUACCAAAAUACUUCUCCACCCGGAGCACCAGGAAUGCAAGCAUCUGCUUUGCAGUAUCCAGAUGGAUCAAAACAUUUCCACCAGCCUCCCCUAGGCACUAAUCACUUAAAUGCAUCUAUGGGUAGCCUGAGUUUACAACAAGAGGGAUUAAGACCUGUGAAUCUUCUUCAAGAAAGAAAUAUUCUUCCUACAACCCUUCUCCAGGCUCCUGUCCCAAACUUGCAUGAAGACAUCCAGAAGCUCAACUGCAACCCAGAGCUGUUCCGCUGUACUCUGACUAACAUUCCUCAAACUCAGGCCUUAUUGAAUAAAGCCAAACUUCCUUUGGGGCUCCUGCUUCAUCCCUUCAAAGACUUAUCGCAAUUGCCAGUGGUUACUUCAAGUACUAUUGUGAGAUGUCGUUCCUGCCGGACAUACAUUAAUCCUUUUGUCAGCUUUCUAGACCAAAGGAGAUGGAAAUGCAACUUGUGCUAUAGAGUGAACGAUGUUCCUGAGGAAUUCAUGUAUAAUCCUGUGACAAGAGUUUAUGGGGAACCUCAUAAAAGACCUGAAGUCCAGAACGCUACGAUUGAAUUUAUGGCUCCAUCUGAAUACAUGUUACGUCCACCUCAGCCACCUGUGUACCUCUUUGUAUUUGAUGUCUCUCAUAAUGCAAUAGAGACAGGAUACUUGAAUACAGUCUGCAAGACCUUGUUGGACAAUCUUGACUUGCUUCCUGGGAACACUAGAACAAAAAUAGGCUUCAUAACAUUUGACAGCACAAUCCAUUUCUACAGUCUUCAGGAAGGUCUCUCUCAGCCUCAGAUGCUUAUAGUUUCAGAUAUUGAAGAUGUAUUUAUACCAAUGCCAGAAAACCUAUUAGUAAAUUUAAAUGAAAAUAAAGAGCUAAUUCAAGAUCUACUGAAGAGCUUGCCACAGAUGUUUACCAAGUCCCUGGAAACUCAGAGUGCUCUUGGGCCUGCAUUACAGGCAGCCUUUAAACUGAUGUCCCCUACUGGAGGUAGAAUCUCUGUCUUCCAGACACAGCUUCCAUCUGUGGGAAUGGGAGCACUGAAAUCUCGAGAAGAGCCAAACCAAAGAGCAACUGCAAAGGACAUACACCUGACACCAUCAACUGAUUUUUACAAGAAGUUGGCCUUGGACUGCUCAGGACAACAGGUUGCAGUGGAUUUGUUUCUUCUUAGUGGACAGUAUUCUGACUUGGCUUCUCUAGGUUGUAUAUCAAGAUAUUCUGCAGGUAGUGUCUAUUACUACCAAUCUUAUCAUCAUAAACACAACCCUGUCCAGGUGGAGAAAUUGCAGAAGGAAUUGAAAAGAUAUUUAACUAGGAAGAUUGGAUUUGAAGCUGUCAUGAGGAUAAGAUGCACCAAAGGUCUUUCCAUUCACACCUUCCAUGGGAACUUCUUUGUGCGAUCCACAGACUUGUUGUCAUUACCCAAUGUAAACCCAGAUGCAGGUUAUGCUGUGCAAAUGUCAGUAGAAGAAAGUCUUACUGAUAUGCAGGUUGUUUCUUUUCAGUCAGCUCUCCUGUACACAUCUAGCAAAGGUGAGAGGAGAAUUCGUGUCCACACUAUGUGCUUACCUGUUGUAACAACACUGAGUGAUGUCUACCUGGGGGCAGAUGUACAAGCUAUCACUGGGCUGUUAGCCAAUAUGGCUGUGGAUCGAUCCGUUUCUGCUACUUUGAGUGAUGCUCGAGAUGCCUUGGUCAACGCUGUGAUAGAUUCUUUGUCUGCUUACCGUUCAUCAGUGCUGAGCAUUCAGCAGCCUGGUCUCAUGGCUCCCAGUUCGCUACGGCUCUUCCCACUUUAUGUACUGGCACUCUUAAAACAGAAAGCAUUUCAAACUGGGACAAAUGCACGUCUAGAUGAACGCAUCUUUAACAUGUGUCAAGUGAAAAACCAGCCUCUUGUUUACCUCAUGCUUAUGACACACCCCAGUUUGUACAGAGUUGAUAAUCUCACAGAUGAGGGAGCUCUCAACAUCAACGACAGAACUAUACCUCAGCCACCCAUUCUCCAGCUAUCAGUGGAGAAAUUGAGUAGGGAAGGUGCCUACCUUAUGGAUGCUGGCUCUGUGAUGUUUCUGUGGAUUGGGAAGAACUGUGGACAGAGCUUUAUCAGCCAAGUCCUUGGAGUUCCAAAUUAUGGGUCAAUACCACAGAACAUGACUCAUCUCCCAGAGCUUGAAACUGCAGAAUCCAUCAGAACAAUAGCUUUUAUUUCUUGGCUGCGAGAACAGAGACCUUUCUUUCCUAUACUAUAUGUAAUAAAGGAUGACAGCCCAUUGAAAUCAAGUUUUCUGCAGAAUAUGAUUGAAGACAGAACUGAAUCAGCCUUAUCGUACUAUGAGUUCCUCCUUCACAUACAGCAGCAAGUAAAUAAAUGAAACACUAGCCUUUGGCUUGCUUAAAGGAAAGAUUUUUGCAGUAAGGACACUUGUGCUUGUAAUAUCUUCAUGAAAUCUGUGGCCUGAGGCAGUCGAUGAGAGGUUCUCACUGUGAUUUCAACGAACUAAAGCAAAUAAAGGACCACAUCUGAGAAUCAAAUGUGCAACUACAUAUUGUACCUUAAAAAUCAAACUAUCAGAACUGGUUGAGCACCUUUAAUUUGCUGCAAAUCAUGUUUUUACUGUAAGUAGUUGCAGCAUGAAGUACAUCCACAAAGGCAAUACUGAAAAGGUGAAAGACAUUUUGUAAAAUAAAGAGUUCUUUGUUGUUCAAAAUGUAUAUUUCUGUAACUCUUUGCUUUUUUUUUUUUUUGCUGCUAGAUAUAAAACCUCACAAAACUGAUCAUGAUUUGCAGGGAAAUUCUCUGUAAGUGCAUCCAGUGAUCACAGACAGAGCGUCUCUGUGUUCAGCUUAGAAAUGCUUAAAGUAGCAAUGAAGCAACUGUUCAUUGUGAAACGAACAAAUACUUUAUUAAACUUAGAAUCCAGUGUUUGGAAUGGAUUAUGGCUGAUAGGACUCAAGGUAAGCCUAACCUAGACAAGAUGGCUUAAUUUAUGAAAGCUUUUAGCAAGUCAGUAUUCAAAUUUAAGAAAACAACCAUGGAGGGGCAAGCCCUCCUCAUAUGAGAUGCAUUAAAGUCAGUGACUGAGUGAGCAGCAGAAGUAGAUUUACGUAGCUUUGUUUUUCUUUAGUAAAAUGAAUAGUUUUACUUUCAGUUACUGAAUGGUGUGGGAGUGGAAGGUCAAGUAAGGUUAUCUCUGACUUUUUAUUUAAUAUACAUUGUGCUCCUGUUUACAUCAACUGAAUGUCAGGCCCCCAAAAUUUAGUGUGCUUCUGAAAUGCUUGUAUGAUGGCACUUAGAACACAAUGUUUUGAGAUCACAUUCGACAUUCUGACACUAAAAUUGGAAAAUAAUUUUUCCAAAGACAAAAGCAUUGUAUUUUAAGAUGUGCUUACUGUUUGAGACACACUUGAAGUUUCCAAAAUUUCUUUACUGCAGCUGCUUAAUGAGCCUUGAUCCAAAGCCAGCAUGCACCAAAUGAAAGCUUUAAAUGUACUCUCAGAUCCCUGCCAGAGCUACAGGUGGAAGCUGACAUCGGACUUUAAGUGAAAAUUUAUAUAUAUAUAAAAAAUUCAUUUUAUAAAAGCAUAUUAACUCCUUUGGAGAUCUCUGAUAGCAACAUAAAGAGUAUUUACGCUACUGUAUCUGUACAUCUAUGAUGUAAAGAGAGGGAUGUGACAAAUGGAAGAUAUUCUUAUGGAAAAAUCUUUUUAUCAAAUGAUAUACGUAAAGAUCUUGCAAAAUCUUUCUGGGGCAAGUAACAUGAAAAGGUAAAAUAUUUAUAAAUAAGAGGUCAAGCAUGUACUGUGACUGGUCUAGUUAGCUUACACCUUGUGAUACGAAUGUGAGAGGACAUCAGAGGUUAAUCAUUUGCUACCAUUGCAGGCUGUAGCUACACUUGAUUGUCAGGAGUUGCCUUACUUCAGGGGAAGAGUUUCUUUGGAGAAACUGUCUUUCUGCUUGAGCAUGAGAAGGUGAAGUUCAGAACAAUGCCUGAAAUUGAAUGAAAAUACUAUAAUAGAACCUAUCUAAGUUUCCCUGUCUGCUGUCUCUGUGGCAAACAGGAGUAUAUUUACUUGAACAGCUUUUUAAAAAAUUGCACAGUUUCUAGACAUAAUGCAUCAGGUUUUUAAAAUUGGGACAGUUGGAUAUUUUCCCAGAGAAAAAUGUCUCUUAAUUUAAAUGGAAGCUAUGCACUUGCAUAGGUUAUCACUUAAAACCUGUAUUUUGGGUAUAUUAUCACUCAGAAUGCUGAAAAUUGUCAUUGCAUCUAACAGCCCACCCCAAAUCUGCUUCUUAUGAUGACUGUAUUUUAGCCCCUUUUUUUUUUUUAAUAAAUGUUGGAGAUUACUUCAUUGUUCUAUGUAUACCAGACUAACAGCUAAGGAUGUCAGUCUAUGGCAAUUAACUUUUAGGGUCCCUAAGUUUCACAAGACAAAACAUAUAAACAAGGCUCAGAUGAACCCCCUUGGAGCAGAACAUGUCUUUUUCACCUUGGAUUUUCACCUUGGAAGAAAUUCUGUAUUGAACUUUGUAAGUUUAUUCCCUUGCAGUGGGAAAAGCCUGCUGUGCUGUAAGGUUGACAGAGGACAGAUGAAUGCAGCUAUCCAUGAUGUGUCGCUUCUACCUACCAUUGAAAAAUGAGGACACUGAACUGUAAAAACAGGCAAGAGUGGCUCUGGUUCUUAGAUCUCAUCAAACUCUACCACUGCAAAUGUACUCUAUUUUUCUAGUUGAGGAAUUUUUUUAAGCUUUUAUUUCUGUAUUUGACACAUUAGUGUUCAGCCAACGUUGUUACCAUCCAUUUUACUUUGCUUUCAUUAUUGUUUUUAAUUUAAUAUAUUUGAGUUUAAGUCCACAUAGAUCAUUUUGCAAUAACUAGAAUGAUUCACUUUUAUUUAGAUUUAAUUUCUUAACAGUAUUUAAUAAAAGAUGCAAAAUGGCUGUUAAAUAAGGGACCAUUAAAUGUGAUUUUAAGCUUCUGUUUACUAUUAUGGAUGUCAUCCUUAUAGUAAAUUUAAUUUUGUAAAGUAGUGUAUAAUAUUGUAUUAUUAAAUCUUUCCUUUCUGAACUUGGACAUCUGAACUUCAGUAUGAAAUGAUAAAUCUUCCCCCUUCUGAAUUUGAGACAGGAUUUUCUUGUCCUCCUUUUUACAGUUUGUAAUUUUCACUCUUUUAUUCCUGUAAAAAGUCAUUUGUAACACAUGCAAAUGCUUAUUUUAUCUGUGCUAAUUUAUCAGAUUUGGCUACUCAAUAAAAUUAAUUGGAAGAACUCA